UCUGUCCGUCCGCCCGCCCCUCCAGGUGCCGGGCAUGCGGCUGCCACGCCAGGCCCGGCUGCCGCCACCUCUGCCCUUACCACUCCUCCUCUCGCUCCUCUGCCUCACCGUCCUGACACCCGCCGCAGCGGCACCACGAACAGGGAGCAGCGGUGGUGGAGGAGGAGGAGGCAUCAGAACCGUCACCACUAUGGCAUGGCCAUCAAAAUGUACAUGGUUACCCUUACCAAACAGUGGGAAGAGUUAUUUAUAUACUCUUGUUUCCAAAUACCAUAAGAUUUGGAAGGACACGAAGGGAGUUGUUUCUGCACAAGAUGUUUCAAAGAAGAAACCAGUUAGCGAUGUGAUUGCCUUAAAGGAAUCCAUGAAGUACUUCGAUGCUAACUUCUUCAAUGAUUCAAAACUACGUGAGAUGGAAGAUGGUGCAAAAGAAUUUAAUGUACCUGCAUUCAGAGAAAAUAGGAAAUUGGUUGCUCUGAGGAAUGGUGGAUUGCAUGACCCUUCUGUUCUAGUCUUCAAAUCACAAUGGAGUGGUGAAAGCAUGGUAACUGAGAGAAGAGGUUUCGACUACCCUCGUGCCUCUAAAGUACAUUAUCCACGUGAUGAUGAAGAUAUUGCCUUUAUGUCGGUAAUUGAGCUCGGGGAGCUUAUUAGGACAAAGAAAAUAACAUCGCGUGAACUUACAGAUAUAUUUUUGAAAAGACUAAAGAGGUACAAUCCUGUUCUCGAAGCUGUUGUUACUUUUACUGAAGAUUUAGCAUACAAACAAGCAAAAGAGGCAGAUGACUUGCUGGCACAGGGAAAAUAUCUUGGUCCUUUGCAUGGCAUUCCAUAUGGCCUAAAAGAUAUAAUUGCGGUACCACACUACAAGACCACUUGGGGUUCAAGGACGUUUAAGAAUCAAGUCCUUGAUACUGAAGCCUAUGUAUACAAAAGAUUGAAGUCCGCUGGAGCAGUACUUGUAGCAAAGCUUGUCACAGGCUCGCUCGCCUAUGAUGAUAUAUGGUUUGGGGGAAGGACACGAAACCCCUGGAACAUUGAGGAAUUUUCUACCGGUUCAUCAGCAGGUCCAGCGGCCAGCACUUCUGCAGGAAUGGUUCCAUUUGCAAUUGGUUCAGAAACUGCAGGAUCCAUAACAUAUCCUGCUGCUAGAUGUGGAGUAACUGCAUUACGCCCAACAUUUGGAACAGUUGCACGAACUGACGUUAUGAGCAUUUCUGAGAGUUUGGAUAAACUUGGCCCUUUCUGCAGAAGUGCAGUAGAUUGUGCUAUUGUACUGGAUACAAUUCGUGGCAAGGAUACCGGUGAUCCAUCAUCCCGUGAGGUUGCUUUAGACGAUCCAUUUCAUGUGGACAUCACUCAACUCACUGUUGGAUAUCUUGAGGACGCUGAAAUGGAGGUUGUCCAUGUUCUUUCCACUAAGGGUGUCAAGCUUGUCCCUUUCAAGUUGAAUUACACUGUCGAAUCAGUUCAAUCUAUCCUGAACAUAACGAUGGAUGUCGAUAUGCUUGCACAUUUUGACAGCUGGCAGCGGGAUGGACAUGACGAUGACUAUGAGGCGCAAGACCAAUGGCCGGUGGAGCUUCGUCGAGCACGAUUAAUCCCAGCAGUUGACUAUAUACAGGCACAGCGGGCACGGGGCAAGCUGAUCAAGGAGGUUAAAGAUAGCUUCACAGUCGAUGCGUUCAUCGGCAAUGUGACCGACUGGGAGCUCGUAUGUCUCGGGAACCUUGUGGGGAUGCCCGUGGUCGUGGUGCCAACGGGCUUCAAGGGCAUCGAGAACCCACCAAAAGACGGCACAAAGAGAAGAACCACCGUGACUACAGGCAUCUACACUCCCCCAGACCACGACCACAUCGCCCUGGCGCUGGCGAUGGCAUACCAGUCUGUCACCGAUCACAACAAACAGCGUCCACCCAUCGACGAUCUUGGGGGUCAAACGACAACACACCAGUAAGCAGCCUGCUGCUGAGAUGAUGUUAGCGCAAGGUCCUUCAUAGAUGCUGAAGUUCCAGGUGAUUUAUGGGAUUUUUUUGCUUGCCCCAAGGAGAUGUACUGAUAACAGAAAAAGGUCCCAAAAUUGCCUGAAAAAAAAAUCUUUCAAUUCGGGUGGAGUGAGGGAGGCCUGAACUUGGGCCAACCAGAUUAUUUUGGCUGGGCUAGCAUUUCCUCAGGUCCAGUUGCUCGUUUGCCCUGAUGCUAUCAUUUUAAACUUUUAUGUUCUGCGUUUUGUUGUUGACAAAAGAACAAGGUACGGUUCUUAACAGAGUCAUGAACCAGCUGGUGAUCGUGAAUCCUAUAUUACUCGAAUUUUCCCCCUGGGAACCCAUAAA